UAUACGUUGUAGAAAGCGGCACUUCGCUUAUUAAGUUUAGUGUUUUUGAACUAUACAUCUUAUAAUAAAAGUGUUAAUUAUAAAGUAAUCCUGUCACAAUAUUGUGAAAUAAAACGUAUUUUAGUGACCAGAAACAUGUUUCGGUCGAAAAAAGACGUUGACCGACACGUUCAAGAUAUUUUUCGUAAAGUAAAAAACGAAAAUGAGAAAACAUACCGUUACUAUAGUAUAGCUAAAUUAUAUUAUCAAGUGGGAGAUUAUGAAUCUGCCAAAAGAUAUAUAUCUUCUUAUUUGGAAAUGCGAGAAGAAUCAUCAGGCGCACAUAUGUUAUUUGGUCAAAUUCUUGAAGCAUUGGGAGACAAAGAAGCAGCAAUUAAUCAAUACAAAAUAUCUCUUGGAUUAGAUGGAAGUCAAGAUAAUUUAGUCUUAAAAGUUUGUGAAUUGUUAGCUGAUAUGGAUACUGGUACGGAUGUUAAUCAUAUCAGAUAUUGGGUAAAGAGAGCAGAGAAAUCAUUUCCACAUGACCCAGUAAUAUUCAAAUUAAAAGAAAAAAUGUUAACAGCAGAAAAACCUGAUCAUGACAGUGAGGAGCUCGAAGCUUUAAUUACAUCCGAAUUAACCAUCAAGCCAACAAACGUGGAACUGCGUGUUAAAUUAAUUAAAUAUUAUAUGACAAAACAUAGAACGGAAGAUGCUUAUAAUCAUGCUGCUAAGGUGGAAGCAACGUAUUGUCAUAGAAACAGCAUUUUAUGGUAUCAUUCGCUUGUCGAGUUGUUGGGAAAAUUCAAAGAUAACAAAAUAGAUGAUUGGUCAUUUUGGGUCUUUUAUAUAUCCACAUUAGAAAGAUAUGCAGCACUUUCUUUGAAAGAGAACAACGCCAAUCAAAUAACUAAAACAAUACCCGAAGCAAUGCAAGCAGUAUUUAAUUUUGAUCAAGCUUUACAUGAAUUUAAAUCACGAAAUAUAUCUAAUUAUUCAAUGUACACGGAAGAAAUGUUAACACAUAUGUGGGGUCAAUUACAUUAUCAUUUAGCCUGUUUGUUAUUACGCAAAACUAAACGCGAACAAGGCAACUGGGAAGAAACAAAUCGACUUUGUUCAAGUUUAUUUUUAAUUGCAUUACAUAUACAUCCUAUGGAUACGACUGCUUCAUGGACUGUCCAUGGAAAAGAACAAUUUAAAAAUUUAAUUCCAGUAUGGAGUAGAGAAGGAUCAUACAGAUGCAGUCAGGCUGGUAAUGUUCUCCAAGAUUGUGCACAAAAUAAUGUCAAGAAGCUGAUGAAUAAAAUUGAUACAUUUUUUUACACAGAAUCAUGGAAAGAACGAAUUUUUCAGAGAAUUUUUGUAUCCAAACUAUAUCAAAAUCGCAUAAGAACUUCACAUUUUUGCAAUCAUAAAGUUUGUAAUCCACCCCUUCAAUUAUGCUUACCAAAUGAAUUAAAACGCUAUAAUGAAGAUUCUGAAGCAGUAUGGCCAGAUUCAUUACAUCAUCAUGUUUGGCUCGGUAUUAGAAAUCGACUUCAAACUAUUUUGAAGAAUGAUCAGACAUAUCCUCAGCAGUAUUCUCAUGUAUUCUCAGACUUACAAUUUUCUGUUAAUAAUUUAAAUCAACCUACUCCUGAUACAUUAUGUAAAUUAGACAUUGAUGCAUUUUUAAAUGCUGCAGUUUUAUGUGCUACUGUAAUGGUUGAAGAUCAGCAAAAAAGAGGUUUCAUAACUCGAGAAAGACUUUCGACUCUACCAGCAGAUUUAACUAGUCCCCUUUGUACAUCUUCUCAAGAGAAAUGGUGGUCAUAUGCAUAUAAAAUGUAUUCCAGAAAAGAGACAUUAGAAGGAGAUUUAGGAGAAAUUAGACAAGUAUUACGACAAGGUUUAGAAACACUUCGUUGUAUCGGUAAUCAUGGUCUGCAUCCAGUAAUUCUAGUGCAUUUAGCACGAUUAUUUCAUCAUAGGGUUAAAAUAUUAAAAGAAAAAGAUCAAGAACAUCCUGACAUUACUGCUUUAGAGAUUCGAAGUGAACUUUAUUGGUCAGCUGUUAUACCUCUUCUUGAAAGAUUGCAAAAUAAUCAAACUUUACGUGUAACAAAUACGAAAUUAUUUAAUUAUGAAGGAACGAACAUGACUAACGUAGAAGUAACUAAUGCUUUGGAAGAAGGUAGAUUACUUUUGGCCCAACGUUUGGUCCGUAAUAAACAAUACGAAGAGGCUAUUGAUGCAUUGCAAAUAUUGAAAUGCCCAGAAGCUACAUUUCAGCAAGGACAAAUUUAUAAAAUUCUUGCUGAUGAGAUAGUUGGUUCUAAACCUAGAGAAAGCUUAACAUCAGAAAUGAGAUCACAACAUAUUAUAAUGCUUACCAAAGCUAGAAAUUGUUAUUAUCUUACUUUAGAUCGAUUACGUAGUCCAGGAAUGAGUUUGAAACAUCCAUUAGAUUCUGAGCUGUGCUUACAUAUUUCAGCUAUAGAAAAUGAAUUAAAAAGGAUCGAUCCAGAUAUAUCACGAGGAGAUUUAAGUAGAAAUGAGUGUGAUGUUUUAUCGGAUGAAAGUUAUUCACCUGAGCAUAGUGGCAUUGAUCAACCUAUAACGACUGUACCUAUAUCCACGUUAACUGGAUUAGGUACUCCUGUGAAUUUAUUCAGUACACCACAAAAGAAUACCCAUCGUACACCAAAACAAUCAAGUACACCUUGUAGAGCACAAAAUCAAGAUAUUCUCGACUUAUCAAGAAAUCGCACAGAAGCACGUCCAAGUCCUGAACGACUUGAUGCACAAAUACGUCAAAUGAUACAUGCUAAAGAUACUGUUAUGCAAACAAUCAUAGAACAAAACAAAACUAUAUUAGAAAAGAUAGAGGAAUUAACAAAAGAAAUGGCAGAGUUAAGAAAAGAUUCUCAAAAACAGCAACAACAACAACCACAACAACCUCAACAACCACAACAACCACAACAACCACAACAACUACAACAACUACAACUAUUACAACAACAACAACCACCACCACCACCACCACCAUCACGUAUUCAACCAACGAACUUUAACUCUAAUAUAGAAGAUGAUUUAUACGUUCUUGGCGAAGAAGAUUACGGUGAUAUAAAUUAUACCACUAAUCAGUCAGCUCAAGCAGCAUCUACUAUUUCUGGAAACAUUUUUCCACCAUCUCAUAGACAUCCUUAUUCACCAUUAUUAUACCCACCAGCAACAGCUUUCCAAGGUUAUUAUCAAGGAACAAUACCAUUUACUGAUCCAAAUGCACAAGCAAUUCCAACGCUAUAUCCUCCGAGUGUUUAUCCAAUGCCUGUAUUAUAUCCUAAUCGACCUAAAGUACCAGAUAUGUUGCAACAAGGUCUUUUUGCUGCAUCAAGAUUGGCAACUCAAUUGAAUGAUCUAGUAACACCUCAAACCAAUGUACCGUUGCAAAUGCCAAUGCAGAAAGUAGAAGUGACAAAGCCUCAAUCUAUAGUAAAAGAUACUUCUAGUAAGAAAGUUCCACCUGUUAAUGUUGUAAUAACUACUUCAGAUACACUACCAACUACGGUACCAUUAGUGCAACCUACUCUGAGUGUUACUAUCCCAGCUCAAUAUAGAAUGGGAAAUACUUCAGCUGUUACAACUACUGUAGAAACACAAAAUGUUCCACAUUGUUAUCAAAUUACUAUGCCAUCUCAAGCAACUAUUCCAACAACUGUUAAUUUACCACCCCUGUCUACAACACUUACAUCAACGCCAGCAAAUAUUUCUUUAUCAGAAACAUUUAAAAUCAAUAAUAUUGACAUACGUUCAAGUGGUUCACCGAAUAGUUCUGCUGAAUUGAUGAACGAAUCAGAACAUGAUCCAAUACCAGAUUUUGUUCCUGUCAUACCAUUACCUGCUGAAGUUAAAGUUAAAACGGGCGAAGAAGACGAAACUACGUUAUAUUGUGCACGUGCGAAACUUUUCCGUUUUGUCGAUAAGGAAUGGAAAGAACGUGGCAUUGGAAAUGUUAAAUUAUUAAGAAAUGCAGAAGGUAAAGUUCGUUUAUUGAUGCGCAGAGAUCAAGUUUUAAAAAUCUGUGCAAAUCAUAUGUUAAGACCAGACAUGGAGUUAACUAGUAUGCCAAAUACUAAUAAAGCUUGGAUUUGGGUUGCAAAUGAUUUUGCAGACGAAGAAGUUAAAGUUGAAAGACUUUGUAUCAGAUUCAAAACUGAAGAAGAAGCUCUCUCGUUCAAACAACAUUUUGAUGAUGCUAGAGCUAGCUUAUCAUCUAUAAAUGAAAAAGUAAUUAAUGAAAAUGAUAACAAAUCUAUAACGACGACUGUUAAAGUUUCAGAAGAGGAAAAUAAUUCAUCAUCUUCAACAGUCACGAAUAAUGUGCCAUUAGAUAAAGAAAAACCUGCUGCAACAACAGCAGCUAUGGUGGGUGGUUUCUCUUUCACUUCAAAGCCGAUUAUUCAAACGGUUUCUACUGAAAUAGAAAACGCAUUGCAAAAACAAAAUGAAAUGCAACAUAAAGUAAGCCCAUUCGUAGGUUUUUCAUUCAAUAAACCCGACUUUACUAAAACACCAGAGAUUGCAGUCAGCUCUGCAGCAUCAAAAAAUGUGUCUACACCUGUGACAACGCAAGCAACUAUUUUUUCUUUCUUAAAAACAAACCCAAUCUCUUCUCCAUAUUCUGAACCAACAACAACUUCUGUUUCUAUUGGUGUACGCGAUGUAACUACAGUCACUACGUCUCAAACAGCAGCAAUUGUUUCUACAACUUCGGCAUCUCGUGUCUCAUUAAGAAGACCGCAUGCACCUGUAAUUGCACCUGCAAUAUUAAACAUCACAACUACGGCAAGCGGUGUCACUCAAAAAUCUGUUUAUUUAUCUGGUCAAGGAGAAGCUGAAACAAAAGUUUUAUUUGAACAAAAAGCAAAUCUUCAACGAAAAUCCAAAGAUAAUAAAAAUUGGGAGAAUAAAGUUGCUGGACAGAUGAAAAUUAUAUUGAAUGUAAAAACAGGAAAUUUGAAUUUAUUAAUGCAUAGAGAAGAGGAUUCCCAAGUUAUAUAUAAUCAACAGAUAUUACCAGAGAUGAAAUUUAAUAUUAAAUCCGUUAACCAAAAUUUAGUUUGUUGGACAGUUUUUGAUGCUACAGGAGAAAAUAAAUUGGAAUCAUAUUCUUUAUUGUUUAAAAGUCCGGAGCAUGCAUCACAAUUCUAUGAUACUGUUAUAAACGAUCAGCAGAAGAAGAAAACAUCUGAAAUUUCCAAUGGAAGUAACAAUGUAAAUGCAGAAAAUAAACAAGUACCUUUAGCAGAACUAUUUAAACCUUCUCCAGGAUCUUGGGAAUGUAAUGCGUGUUAUACUAGAAAUGAUGGUAAACAAUCAAACUGUUUAGCAUGCGGAGAAUUGUCUCCAGUUGCAACUUCUAAUGAACCUCCUACUGGAACAGUCGAGUCCGUAGCACAUACUCAACAAGUACCACUUUCUCAGUUAUUCAAAAAACCUUCUGGUUCAUGGGAAUGUAAAGCAUGUUAUAUUACAAAUUUGGAAGCAAAUAAUUAUUGUGUUGCUUGUGAUAGUCCUAAAGAUCCAUCAAUGCCACCUAAACCAAAAACAAGUGGUUUCAAUGUAGGAUCAAUAUCUUCUGAAUCCAUACCAACAUUCACUUUUGGUAUUCCUCAAGAAUCUGCUAAAGAUACAAGUGGAGGAUUUACAUUCCGAUUGAACAAAUCGGAUAAAGACGAAUCUGCAAAUAAAGUACAACCUAAUACAGGUAUAAAAUCUAGUACAGACAUAAAAAGCAUAUUUGGAGGAACGGCACAACCACCAAGUACUCAACCUUCUCAAAGUACAACACAAUUUGUAUUUGGUUCUCCUGGGAAGUCUUUUGGAUUCAAUUUUACAGCAAAAUCACCAGCAAAAUCACCUGGUGGAGGAGAAACAAGCGACGAAGAGGUCGUUGAAAGCGAUGACAUAUAUUUUUCACCGAUAAUUCCAAUGCCAGAUGAGAUAGAAGUUAAAACUGGGGAAGAAGACGAAGAAAUACUUUAUAGUCAUAGAGCUAAAUUAUUCAGGUAUGAUUCUGCAGUUAAAGAAUGGAAAGAACGUGGAUUGGGUGAUAUUAAAUUAUUAAGACAUCAUCAAACUAAAAAAUUGAGAUUGAUAAUGAGACGAGAUCAAGUAUUGAAGUUAUGUUUAAAUCAUUUUAUUUUGCCUGAAGUAGAAUUUAAACCAAAAGAUGAAAAAACUUGGCUGUGGAAUGCCGCGGAUUACAGCGAAGGAGAAAUUGAGUAUAUGCAAUUUGCGUGUCGUUUUAAAAAUUCUGAAAUUGCAGCUGAUUUUAAAAAAGCUAUUGACAAUGCCAGAGAAUCGGAUAAUUCAUCGUUAAAUAAUGAAAUUAUUCAAGAUGAGCAAGUACAACAACAGAAAGCAAAGCCUUCUCAGGAUAUUCAAGUUGUAUAUGAAUUUAAAGUUACACCCGAAGAAAAAGCUGCUGCUUUAAAAUUACAAUUGCCGGAGAAUUUUUAUGCUUAUAAACAAAAAGAGGAUUGUCCAGGAUGUGCAGGAUGUAAAGAUUUAACGCCCCCGAUUGAAGAUUCACAAUCUCAAGGAGAAUUAAAGACUACAGGAACUUCAAGUUCAACGAUCUCAAUUCCAAAGACGUAUAGUAUUCCUAUGAAUUCACACAUUAAUGAAAUUAAAACUUCAGAUAAUGAAAAUGAAAAAGAUCAAACAAAUGCGUCUCCUAGAAUUUCAUUUAUGACAAAACCAGAUAAUACUGAUUCAAUAAGUAACACAGCUACGAUUAAACAAAAUACACCUAUUACUACUACUGCUACUACUACUACUACUCAUAAUAUGUUUGGUCCUGCUCCUCCAUUAUCAUUUGGAGAGAACAAAUCUCCUUUUUUCAGUGAUAACAAAUCAACUGGCUUUAUAUUUGGAGCACCAGCUUCUCAACCGACAAUAAACGAUAAAUUGACAAUAAGUGAAUCAAUUGGUCAGUCUAAUAAAUCUUCAGAGGACCCAAAUAAUACAUUAUCAAAAUGGUUUGGUAAUAGUAAUGUCAAAAUUUGUGAACCAGUUGGUACGAAUCAACAAUCUAACAAUUUUCCUAGUUCUCAUGGAAAAAUAUUUAACACACCACAAUUUACUCUUCCUGCCAGUACAACUAUAAUGCCUACAUUUGAAAAUACUAAAAAUCAAGUUUUUGAAAGUAUAUCAAAACCAGUGGACAACACAGGAUUAACAAAAUCAUUUUUAAACACGACAGGAAGCAGUUCAUCAUUAACAUUUACAAAUACAUUUAGUAAUUUAUCUGCAACAACUGGCACUACUACUUCAGCACCAAUAUUUGGCUCAACACCUAGUGCAAUGACAAAUUCAUCUAUUUUGAAGACAUCAGUAUUCGGUACAACACCAUUUUCAAUGAAUAUGACUUUCGGUUCAACUGAUUCUGCACCAGCAGAAGACACAUCCAAGAAAGAAGAUGAUGCUCCUGCUUUAUUUACGAAUACCAAUUUAACAUUUUCUGCAUUAGCUCAGAAAACUCAAACAACGGAAGCUUUUAAACAAGAUCCAACAUUUUCUUUCGCUGGAACUGGUUCGUCCGUAUUUGGUUCUAGAAUAACAUCAACAAAAAUAGAACCAAAACAAAACCAAUUAGAUGAAAAUAAAAAAGAUGAUAACGAUGAAGAUGAGGGUAAUGAGAAUGAAAACGAUCAGGAAUAUGAUCCAUAUUUUGAACCUCUUAUUCCAUUGCCGGAUGCUAUUGAAGUACGAACUGGCGAAGAAGAUGAAAUAAAAAAGUUUUGUAAUAGAGCCAAAUUAUAUAGAUACGAUAAUGCUACAAAAGAAUGGAAAGAAAGAGGAGUCGGAGAAAUGAAAAUUUUAUAUCAUGCCGAAUAUGGAACAUAUCGAUUAUUGUUACGUAGAGAACAAGUUCAUAAACUUGUAUGUAAUUUUCUAAUCACCCAGGAUAUAGAAUUCCGUCCUCUUUCCACAUCGAAUAGAGCAUGGAUAUGGGCAGGUAUGAAUCAUGCAGAAGAACCUCCAACUGUCGAAGAACUUGCAGUUAAAUUUAAGACAGACGAAUUGGCUACAGAAUUUAAGACCAUCAUUGACAAUAUACAACAAGUACUACGUGAAAGAGCAAAUGAACAAGAUGUCCAGUAUAACAGUGAUGAAAUUGUGCAAGAAGAUGAAGAGGAAUGUGUCGAAGAGUUUGAUGAUAAAAUUGAUGAUCAAGAGGAUGUCGAUGAUGACGAUGAAGGAUCAUUAUUAUUUGAAAAAAGAGCGACAUUAUAUACGACAUCAAAUUAUACAGUAGGAAUAUUUGAACCUGCAUGGGUACAAAUAGCUUUAGGAACAUUAGCAGUAUAUUAUGAUUCAAAUAUUUUUGGUGAAAAAAUAAUAUUAAAAGCCGACGAAACUGGAGAAUGUUUAAGUAAUACGAUAAUUACUAUGACUACUGACAUGGAGCUCGAUGAAAAAACAUGCAUUUGGACUGCCAUCGAUCAUGCUUUAGAGCCUCCAAAAAGUCGCACUUUGAAAGCAGUCUUUUCGUCAGUUCAAGCAGCUGAACAAAUGCAUAAAAUUUACUUAUAUGGAUUGGAAUGUGCUAAACAAGCAGGUAUUAGUGAGGAAAUAGAAGAAAAAUGAUAAAAUUUGUUGUAAUAAUUAAUUUAAACGAUCUCUCUUAUAAACAUAGAACGUAUUGUGUCGAGGAAACUUUUUACUUUUUAUGUUUUCCAAAAAAUAGUCUAUAUACAAACAAAAAUGGCAUUGAUGUAGAUAUUAAUUGACUAUCUUAUUAUUACAUAAUUUUCUAUUUUAGUCCAUGCAUUUACCAAAAUAGUAUAAGCAACAAAACAAACAAACAAAAAAACAUGUCUUCAUAAUUUUAUUCUGUAUUUGAUAUAUAUAUAU